AUGUUCGUUGUAUUUGUUUCAUUAAGUACUGAUGACAUGGCCGAGGAGUUUAAGAAAAAAGCUGUGGCCUUCAGCCGGACGCUAAGAGGUCUCGAAGAUCGAGCCGAGAAAUGUGAAUCUCUAAAAUGGAUGGUGAGUUAACAUUAGCUCUUAGAGAACACAUUAUAAGGGUCCUUUUAAUGAACAUUAACGGAAGGAUAUAUAUUCAGAUUCAUUGCUGCAUUAUCGAAAAAAUUUUUAAAAAAAUUUAAAAAAAAGAAAAAAAGAAAGGAAACGGGAGAAGCAACUUUAUAACCUGAACUUGACGCUGCUAAAUUAACAUUGAUCAGGACUAAAAAGAAACAAAAAAAAAUAUAAAAAAAAAAGAAAAUUACGAACGAAGUGAAAAGAAAAAGGCGUAGAGAAAAAUGAGACAGAAACUGAUGCUGACAGUACCGAAAUGGUCUACGUUUUUUGUCGGCAUCUUAAAGCCGCUAGGAAAGACAUUAAAGUUUCCUGGCCACAUCUUAGAGCCUAUGCCUUUAUCAUUUUAUUUUGUAUUAAAUAUAAUUAGUAACUGGCUUGUCUAACUACUCUUAGCUUAUACAGUGAUAGCUGUUCUACGAGUACUUCUGGUGGUCAGGACAUAGGAUUAAAGGCUUCCCUCAUUUCCCAUAUUGCAAAUAUUAUAAAAUCGGUGUAUAAGAAGUAAAUAUUUUUUUCUUUAGGACAAACAAUCCUCUGGCACGGUCAUGUCUAAGGCAGAGAGUGACAGUACCUUACUUGAUUGGCAGCCAUAUUUGAAUGAUGGAAAAAGAAAGUUAACGAGGUAAUGACCGUAAUAAUAUCUUAAUUAAUGAACGUUGCUUUGGAAAUUUGUCUUUGGCAAUUGCGCAUGUAGGGUCAUUUAGGCAUGCAGAACUUACUGCAAAGACUUGCUCGAGUGUCUCGUCCCGCAAAGCCUCUCUGCGUGGGAAACUACCGGAGUGACCUCCAAACAAUAGCUUCCCAAUACGCAAUUGCCCAAUGCCCAAAGCAACCUUUAUUGGAUUAGGUUACAGAUGCCACCACCUGUUAAUUGUGACUUAUUAGUGCCUGAUCCAGACCUUGAGAUAAGUGUUGUCACGAGAGAAUUCAACAGUCACUUUUACUAUUCUGCGUCGGUUGUUUGCUUUGAGGCAGUAGCGCGUGGACUUGAUGUAAGAUGUGCGGACGUCUCUUGAAUUAGACUUUCGUUUAUUUACAACUUCUUAAAUUACCUUAAGAGAAAUUCCCAUAUCCCGGUCAACGCCCUAAGAUUCAUUCUCUGUCCAAUUAUUCUCUUUUACCUGACUGUAUGGCGUGUUCAGCCGAGAUCACGUGAUUUUCAAGGCUUCUACUGGUCAUUUUGUUGGACGGUGGGCUCAUCUUUGCUUUAGUGAUGUUUAUUUCAUUUGUUUCAUUGUCAGGACCUCGGAGAAGUUAAAAGAGAUUCAGAAACACAGGAAGCAAAAGAAGAUCUCUUUCAUUUUCUCGGUUAAGGAAGCCCUACCUUCAUGGGCCAAAAAGAAAGUCCGCGGGAGCCAUAUUCAGUUAAACCAGCUCGUUAGCGACACAGAUGACUACCAGGUCAGGAUAAAUUAUUUUAUAAUUAGAGAAUCUGAACAAAAAGAAACAUCGCGUGUUUUGAGUUUAUAUUAGCUGUAACUUUUCCCAGUUUGAGAGUCAAUACUUAUAGUGUUAUCCCUUUUUCCAUUCGCAAUUAGUCAUCUAAACGGUGUCUUAAUGCCUCUGUAUUACUUUAUGUGUUAUCUGUUACAUUUACUGUACCACCUUUUAAUGAAGGAAAAUAAAAGCCAAAAUACAAAAAACUCUUAUGUAGAGCACAUGAAAAAUAAUAACCUGAGAUCAGGCCCAAUUUGAGCGGUUCUCAUACAUUCUCUCUAACGGCUACCGCUGAAAUUGGGCCUGAUACAAACUAUUCAAGUUUGUGCUCGUUACGGCCAGAUUUUGGCCGUAACGCUGAUUGGCUGUUAGAACAAUGCCACAAGAUCUGAUUGGCUGUCGGAAAUGCCGGAAGUUGAAAGCGCUUAUUCCUCGCGUGGUUGCUUUCGUGAAUGAUCCUUCGUCGGUGGAGAGAAGGAUCGAUUUUGCUGUCUUUUUUUACUGUUUUAUGGUCUUAUGGUAGGAAAAUAUGCCUUAAUAUGUGCCAUGGAAAUUCAGAAAAUACAUGUGGUUGUUCAUAUCUUCUCAGGAUUUGCUUUAUUUACGGAAAGUGAGUGUAUCGCGGAGUUGAAUCUCUCUGCUAGUUGUUGACCGCUAACAAGGUGCAUUUUGAUUUACCAACAAACGGGUGCAAAUCAAAAUACUGUCCAUCUUAAAACUGGUUCAUUUGAAAGUUUAGCCGGGAAUGACUUCUCUGAACGGGGUACGCAAGCGGAGGCUCACUGCGAAAGAAACCUCAUCGCCAACUGUGAAGUAUUAGACGAAAAUAUCGCAUCGCUGUUCAAGGAAUUUUCAGUGUUCACAGACUGGUUGUUUGACUACGCUUUUUGUUAAAAAUAAACCAAGAAAACUGGUGUCCUCGCUCGUUGGCUGUUUGCUUUUGUUUUUAAAGAUUUAUGUACUGAAAAUCGGGGGAAAUUGCCGAGGAAAAUAUCAAGACAACGGAAAAAUAGAGAUUUCAGUAUUUUAAAUUCCAGAGCGCUUAGCCAAAAUAAUAAAACUAGUAGAACAUCGUGUCGCCGUCUUUUCGAAAACAUUUUACCUUCUACGCCAACAGAAGUAACCUUCGAGAUCUUCCUUAAUCUCGCAAGAUGUUAAAUGUGAUUGUGCUGACUGUUUUAUUUUUAGCUGAAAAAAUUAACAGAUAAAAGCUAUUUUUUAAGUCAGCCAGUCUGCAUUUUUCCCACGCGUGAAAAAUUUGCAUACUAGAAAAACAAGCAACGGAAGUAAUUCUGAUUGACUGAUUCGGCAAAUGUCAAUCAAUCAAAAAAGUGGGCGGCAGACAUUUCGUUAAAGGUUCGUAUCAGGUUCUCUUUUCGUUUCGCCUUGCCCACCGGAAUGUAAUUUUCAAAGCGAAACGAAAAUAGAGCCUGAUCUCAGGUUAGAAAAAUAAUUGUUUGAAAUCUGCCUUUUUUACCUUUUAGAUAGAGAAAGAAGGCUAAUUGUAGUAUUAGUGGUCAUGGUAAUUAAAUUAUUGCAGGGAUACGAGAAAACCCGUUCAAUCCAAAUGUGCCUUAGGCAAUAGAGCGUUGAAUUAAUGAUUAAUAUUUGAAUUUUUUUUUUACAUAAUUCAUUAACUCCCUCGCUUCCCCCUCCCUCCCCCAAGGGGUUUUUCCCUGGAAACUCCGGAUUUUUCUCCUCUCCUGCUCCUCUAUUUCCAAAUUCAUUUUGAAUAAAAUAUGCAGCGUAUCUGAAAAUGCUAUAAUCUUUUUUUUCAGGUACUAAUAGACGACAUCAUCCUGCAAAUCAACCCAGCAGAUGAGCUGUCGAAACUGGUGUAUAAAAUAUGCCAAAUGCAGGACUCAAAUCAAAAUGAUGAACUAACCAAAGGUCUACACAAUCUGUCGAGUCGCUGGAAUUCACUUAAUUUGAAGGUUAUUAACAAUAGCAACAGGUCAGUUUUUAUUUGCUUUUUAAAAUUUAUAUCGAAUACAAGACACUGCAAUGUCUCGUCACAUUUCAAACACUGUACCUAAAAAGCAGUUAAGUUGCGACGGGGUCGAAGAGUAUUUCCGACAAACUAUCGAGCGUUAGGUUACUUGAUAGUUUGAGCAAACAUCAAUCUUCAAGCUUGAGUUCCGAUAUAACCUCUCAAACAGUAUGAUUUAAAAGGAAAAAUAUCGAUGCAAUAACAGCAAGUUUUCCAAAAGGGCAAACACUAAUUACUUGCAUAGAAUUUCCUUUGGUUUUUAUUAGUGGAUAAUCAAUGAAUUUGAAAAUAAUCUUUUUCUCCUAAAGAAAUCUGGGAUCUUUUAACGAUCCGUGGUUUCUUUUGAAGAAAACAAACCUGCAUACAAAUGUCUCAAAGGCAUCUUGAGUGCUGAAGUAAAAUCUAUCAGAGACAAUCAUGCUAAUUUGAAAAAAGAAAGUUAACCGGGGCAUGUUUUUCUGUUUGUUUCUAAUGUUUAAAUUAAUAUUUAUUACUUUCCCUUAUGUAACUGCAUCUCAAAAAAAACUUGUAAGCAUUAUUUAAACAUGGUGCGAUGUGAUAUUUUAUCACUGAGCUAUGUUUAUAAGUCUUAGUCUGUCAAUUUUUUUUCCAUUAAAUGAUUAACUAAGCAGUUCGAGUCAAGCUGCUAUGGUAAAAUGACGCUCAUUUUACGAGUGGCAAACCGACCAAAUGAUUCUUUCGUUUUCAGUCUGGAGUCAUUGGGAUUGGACGUUGAUCACGAGUACCGGAAACUGAACGAGUGGUAUCAAAAAUGCGACGCCCUUCGUCCAUGGCUUGAUUCUACAGAAAAUAUUUCUAACGCAGAGGUCGGUAACGAAAUCACUGUCAAUGAAGUGAAAGAAAAAUUGCCCACAGUUCAGGUAAUUUUGUCUUUCUUUGUUUCUCUACAGUCACUUUGCUAUUUUGGAUUAAAAAAGGAAGAAAAAUACUACUUGUGUUUAACUCAGUUCCUCUUCUAAAUAAUUCGUGUGUUUUAGACAGUCUCACAACCUUCUUUGGAUUGGUUGGCAGCGUCACCAUUUGAAGUCGCUACUUUAUUUUCGGAACAGGCUUGUUAUAGUUGAUUUCAUUUAGAAAUUAAACAUUGUUCAAUAGUUGCUGAUUUCUUCCCCUGGGUUUCUUCCUAAAUGCUUGUAACAAACAAUAGCGGCAUUUUGCAUAUAAUUAUAAAGUCCUCAACAGGCCAUUUGCACGAUGGCGUUAUUUUACUACUACGACCAGAAUUCUUUUCGUUUUUCUUUUCAUAUUUAAAUUUGGAAGCCCUAGUGAGGCUUAAAAGCCCUAAUUUGCACAUUAAGAAAGCAAAACCCCGAUGGAUCCUGGUCAUAGUAGUAAGAUGACGCCAUCGUGCAAAUGGCCUAUUAAUUUNUUUUUUUUCCAUUAAAUGAUUAACUAAGCACUUCGAGUCAAGCUGCUAUGGUAAAAUGACGCUCAUUUUACGAGUGGCAAACCGACCAAAUGAUUCUUUCGUUUUCAGUCUGGAGUCAUUGGGAUUGGACGUUGAUCACGAGUACCGGAAACUGAACGAGUGGUAUCAAAAAUGCGACGCCCUUCGUCCAUGGCUUGAUUCUACAGAAAAUAUUUCUAACGCAGAGGUCGGUAACGAAAUCACUGUCAAUGAAGUGAAAGAAAAAUUGCCCACAGUUCAGGUAAUUUUGUCUUUCUUUGUUUCUCUACAGUCACUUUGCUAUUUUGGAUUAAAAAAGGAAGAAAAAUACUACUUGUGUUUAACUCAGUUCCUCUUCUAAAUAAUUCGUGUGUUUUAGACAGUCUCACAACCUUCUUUGGAUUGGUUGGCAGCGUCACCAUUUGAAGUCGCUACUUUAUUUUCGGAACAGGCUUGUUAUAGUUGAUUUCAUUUAGAAAUUAAACAUUGUUCAAUAGUUGCUGAUUUCUUCCCCUGGGUUUCUUCCUAAAUGCUUGUAACAAACAAUAGCGGCAUUUUGCAUAUAAUUAUAAAGUCCUCAACAGGCCAUUUGCACGAUGGCGUUAUUUUACUACUACGACCAGAAUUCUUUUCGUUUUUCUUUUCAUAUUUAAAUUUGGAAGCCCUAGUGAGGCUUAAAAGCCCUAAUUUGCACAUUAAGAAAGCAAAACCCCGAUGGAUCCUGGUCAUAGUAGUAAGAUGACGCCAUCGUGCAAAUGGCCUAUUAAUUUUGUUUUCACUUGUAAAUUAAUUUUUAUGUUGAAUAUGAUAAACCAGGAAAAAAUAAAGGAAUGUCAAAGCCGAAAACCUCAGUUGCAACAAAUCAAUGGUGAUGCUGACGUUCUUCUGGACAGCGGUCGCUUGGACCAAGGAGAUGCGGAGAGGGUGGAACGAAUCAAUGAAACCUUGAGUACUCGAUUCACGACAAUCAGCACAAAGCUUGAGGAAGCGCAAAGCAAGUAAGAGCGACUAAUAUCAAAUAAGAGUAUGGUCCUUUGCAUCUAAGUUGGACCAUUCAAAUAAAAGUGCGUAGCACUGUCAAUAUCUUUGAGAGAGCAAUGGUCAAGUGUAGUGUGCUUUGUAACGAGAUGUUGAAAAUGUUUAACGUUUUUUAGUCCUAACGCCAUAAUUCACCUAGACUGAAAAGAACAGUGGCUUUAGUAUACACACUGAUUCCAAGAGUGCCAGAGAGAAAACCAUUAAAAAUCAAUUUGAUUGGAUGAUAUUUACGUGAGAAAUACCUACUUAUGUAGCGGUGAACAUAUAUAGGAGCAAGAGUUCGACCUUUACAGAAUAUUCAAACAUGACUAACGUAGGAAAAGUUUUAAUCCUUUUGCGAACUAUAGCGUAACCACUUUGGAAGGAAUUGCCAGAGAAAUAGAAAGAAAAGAAAUUGGUGGUUUUGCCUCUCGCCAAAAACCGAAGUUUCUCUUCGUGACCAGUUGUCAAUGACGGCUCGGGUCGAGGCGAGCGUUGUUUGUGUUUGGUAACUUUUCUUUGUUUAGUUGUCGUCGCGUAGAAUUUUCGAAAGCAACUUUUGUUUUUUUCUCCUUAAUUAAUUUAGAUUUUUAAGCUCAAUACCCGAGAGAGCGUACCAAUCGGAUUGCUUUAAUCACCAUGAUCGCCGGUGAAUAUUGAUUAGUGUAACCCUAUCAUUGUUAAUUUGAGAAUCAUUCUCUUUCCCAGAACUGCGAUCUUUUUAGCCAGCGCCACUUUCCUUCAGGAUGUCCUUUGCAAUCGUUAAGCUUCAUGGUAAUUAAUCACAAUUUGUUGAUAAAAAGUAAAAGGUUCUACCUUUCUGUUUCUUAUACAGAUUGUACAGUAGGAUUCAUGCGCUGAAGAAUAUGCCUGACCAAAAGAAGGAAACUCAGAUCGUGGAAGUUACUGUCAAACCAAACCUCAUGGUACUGCAAUUUAAUGAAACGGCUAAGCCGAACCCGUUAUUAUUUUUCUGUUGUUCUUCCCCAGAAGGGAAAGUAUGGCUAAAGAAAAUGCUUCGUUGAACAGACUUAUUUGAAAUUGCUGAUCUACUUCGUAACUUUUUCCCCAUUUUUCUAGCCGCCACGCAAGGUUAUCUCACCUUUUCACAAAGAUGAAGAUAAGACCAAUAAACACAAAAUAACAGAUUCAAUGAAAUCCAUCAAGAAGCUUGCGCGACCUGGCACUGCAUCAAAAACAGUCAGCGAGAAGGAAAGGUAAGCAAGCAGAGUGGAAUGUAACCUCAGGAAGGUCUCUUUAGAGAGUCUCACGCACUUAGAAAUAAGACUGACUGACUGGCUCCUAAAUCAGUUUCGAAAAGGUUAUUUUGAAGCUGAACACACAACCUUCGACACAGUAUAUGGACGGAACAUUAAAUCGUAAAUAAAGUAAAUAAGAAAAAAAAAAGAUUCUUGACGAACAAAAGAGAUGUCACUUGUAUAGUUGUUACAUUCAGUAAUUACAUUCAAAUACUCAUUCCUUCGGGUAGGAUUCAACAAGAGUCCUCGACAGAAUUUAACGCAUCACUAGAAACUUGUGAAAAGGCAUUGGAUGAGCUGGAUGAGGAAUCGUUGCACAACUUUACUGCUGUUGGGUCUACAGUCAUGGAAGUACAGGAGCAGCUAGACGAUAUUCAGGUACGCAGAUCUAAGUGAGAUUAANCAAAUACUCAUUCCUUCGGGUAGGAUUCAACAAGAGUCCUCGACAGAAUUUAACGCAUCACUAGAAACUUGUGAAAAGGCAUUGGAUGAGCUGGAUGAGGAAUCGUUGCACAACUUUACUGCUGUUGGGUCUACAGUCAUGGAAGUACAGGAGCAGCUAGACGAUAUUCAGGUACGCAGAUCUAAGUGAGAUUAAGAUACACGAAGCGGAAGAUUACAACGUGAAAUCUUUUUGUUUUUAAACACGAUCCAUUGCGUCUGCAUUAAUUUUUGUCGAUUUUUGUUUAUUUGAAACAUUGAAUGAACUUAAUCACGGUGAUAUCUGUUCACCUAACAGAACGCUUGCCCACACUUUUCUUUUUGGGUAAACUAUCACCUGAUGGCAGUCUUAUGGUAAAUGUAUGGGAAUUGUGGUAAUACUCGGAAAGUGAUAAUUAAAAUAAACAUGAUAUCACUCAGCUUCCAAGCAAAGUAGAGAGCAAGAUUGAAAAACUUAUUCUUUUUUUACAUCUCCCUACAGCUGUAUCUUUCGACCGGCUUUUUUCACCCCGCCACAUGUACAUGGAGGUAGGGGACCCCAUAUAGGUGAGAUAACAUGUGGAGGGUCACCCCAGUCAUCAUGUAAACGUGAUCAAAUUAAAAUGAGAGAUUAUAUGGACAGGCAGGUUACUCCACCUAAGCGGGUUACCUUAGCUACAUGGGGUUGCCCACCUCCUUGUGAACAGGCCCUAAAAUAUGUUAACGGCGAACUCAAACCUUUAGCCUAGGGGAAGAGAGGUUUUCACUCAUGAAUAAUUAUUUCUGUGUGCCUCGGUUUAAAUUUGAAUCCAAUGGGGGGUCUCUUUAGCGUCUCUUUCACCUUGGCCACCACUGCCCUUGACGAAAAUUUUUUUUUCAGGUUUUGGAGCAAAACAUGAAGCAGGAGAACAACAAUUUUAUCUUGGUAAAGGAAACCUUUGAAGAAAGCGAAAGUGUGAAUGUGAUGACCGUGGAAAGUCGUGUAAGGCUGCGUAGAAAGGUCGAUGACUUAAAUGAUCGUUGGCAAGAAAUGUGGCGUUCCCAUGAAGUCAAUAAGCAGCGGUAGGUUUUGCAUUCUCAAUGUAUUUAAAGCUAUUUACACUUAGUAACAAGUGGUACAAAGCUCAGUUUGACCCAUCCUCGGAGACCCAGGGGCAGAAAGUGGGUGCGAGGGAAAGUCUAAACGGGCGGAAAGGUAUGGCACGAAAAAAAGUAAAGAAGGGCGAGAAGAGCCCCUGGGGACAAUGUCUUACCAGACCAGUUCCAAACGGUCACCGCCGUUCUGACUUCUGAUUGGUGCCAGAAAACUUUUGAGUUUUUCUGCCCAAUCAGAAGUCAGAACGGCGACGACCGUUUGGAAGUGGUCUGGUCUGGUCUCUUCCGUUCUUUACUUUUCUUCGUGCCAUAUCUUUCCGCCCAUUUAGACUUUCCCUCACCCCCACUAUCUGCCCCUGGGUCUCCGAGCAUGAGUGUGACCUCGUCAUGAAAAUCUGUUAAAUCUGACGGUUUGGCUUUGGCCAAAAAAAUGCGGUUGGCUUAAAUGUAGGGUUUCACCCUUAUAGGUGUUAUAAAUAUUCCCAUCCGCGGAGCCCGCAGUUUGUUCGGCUAGCGAAACUGGCAAUGACUCUAUGGAUAAAUCCAACACCAGAAUCACAAAACCUUUUCCGUUUUGACUGCGCCUUCGUUGAGUAAUAUUUAUUAAUUCAAAGUAGACAGACUGCAAAUUAAUGACAGACAAAGAGAAGUCCUCUAGGCAAAUUUUCUUUUGUCUCUUGUUUCGUCAAAACACAAUUGAGUUUGUUAUAGAUGUAUACACUGUAUAAAAUAAAUCAUUUAAGAACUGCUGAAAUGAAAUCAAAUGAAGAAUGAUCCUCGCAGUUCUUAUAUGAUUUAUAUACAUCUAUCACAUUCAUCUCUUUCCCGGGAACAUAUGAACACAUAAUUGACCAACUUUUCAGUGGCUUCAUAGCUCAGUUGGUAUCGCGAGGUCACGGGUUCAAAUCCCGUUGAAGUCCUUAAUUUUUUUAGGGUUAGUCACGCAAUUGCAUAAAUUGCGUUCACAACUGCAAGGAUCAUUCUUCAUUUGAAGAUUGAGUUUUAAUUUUUUUUUCAAAAGGCUAUAAAAAAAUCUUUUUAGAAUCAAAGACUUUCGGCACUAACCCUGGGGAGGAGGGGGGGUCAAUUUAGGUUUCUGGGGAACUGUCUACCUACCCCUCCCCUUAGCCAACAUUAACAAUCACUUCUCACUUAGGGUAAAAUGUUGGCUUAGGAGAGGAGUAGGUGAGCGGUUUCCAAGAAAACUUAUGUUUUUUUAAUCCUUCACAAAGCUUGGUGCAAGCGAUUUUGAUUAUGGGUGGUGAGUGGAUGGGACGGGUCAGCAACAGCCUUGAUGAACUGGAGGAGAGCAUGAAUGCGGUUGAAAUCAAAGAAGAUGACCUGAACGCGCUACGCGAAGAAGAAAAAAGGCACAAGGUAAAUAGAAUUUAA